AUGGCAGUCUCGACGCCCCUUCCUUCUGACCCAUCCAAUACCAGCUGGCUUCCUGCCCAGUCAUGGCGGCAUUUUGUAGCUGGAGGGUUGGGGGGGAUGUGCGGAGCCAUCAUUACAAGUCCAUUCGACGUCGUGAAGACUCGGCUGCAGUCAGACUUGUUCAGACAAAAACAAACGAGCGUGGGGUUGGUAGGCGACACCAUGGUGGUAGUGGCCCGUAGGCCAAUCGGACUUCUUUGGCAUUUUGUGGAAACGGCACAUAUUCUCCGCGAUAUUGCACGAGAAGAGACCCCGCGCGCGUUAUUUAAAGGACUGGGCCCCACCCUUGUGGGCGUCAUACCCGCACGUUCCAUCAACUUCUUCACGUACGGCAAUGGCAAGCAUGUCAUCGCGAAUAAUUUCAACCAUGGUGAAGAAAACUCUUUCGUACAUCUUGGCGCGGCCGCUUUUGCUGGGAUUGUCACUGGGACAGCCACGAAUCCAAUAUGGGUAGUCAAGACACGUCUACAGCUCACUGCAUCUAAUCGGGUGUCGCCAACCCUUCCAGCGUCAUCGGGGUCGUUCUUUGGCGGUAGUGUGUCCAUGGUACGCCAGAUCUUCCGAGAAGAGGGCGUGCGUGGGUUUUACAAGGGCUUGAGCGCAAGCUAUCUCGGCGUCACAGAGGGCACUAUCCAAUGGGUGCUGUACGAACGACUGAAACGACUCACUGCGGGAGUCGAAGGACAAGGGGGAGUCCAAGAGUGGGCGGGCAUGCUGGGAAGCGCCGGAACAGCAAAAUGCGUAGCAAGUCUCAUCACUUAUCCACAUGAGGUCCUUCGGACUCGGCUAAGACAGCCUCUCGUUGACGGCAAGAUGAAGUACACGGGACUCCUGCAGACACUGCGCCUCGUCAUCGCCGAGGAAGGUGCCCGCUCACUAUACGGCGGGUUGAGUGCUCACCUCAUGCGUGUUGUGCCAAACGCAGCAGUGAUGUAUUCUAUAUACGAGGGGAUUAUCCGGUGGGGAAAACACUAA